AUGAGUGGCACGGCGCUUUCUCCCGCAUCUGAGCCGCAGAAGGUCCCUGACCUCUGGUUUGAGAGUGACUCUCUCGUCAUUCGAGCCGGGGAUCGCCUGAUCCGCGUGUCACCUUCACAGCUCGGGAAACGAGCGAAGGCCCUCGGCGAUAUCCUCAGUAUGCCUAACAGUGGACUUGAGAGCUACGAGGGGUGCCCCGUUGUCGAACUUCAGGACGAUCCGGUCGAGGUUGAGGCAUUCCUGCGCACGCUGUUUGAUCCUUUCUUACAUGGCAUCUCUGCUAAGCCAAGCGCCAGACAUACUGCCGGUAUCCUGAGGCUCAGCCACAAGUAUGACGCUCCGUCUCUCCGUCAGAGGACACUGCAGUAUCUAGCUGAUUCAUAUCCCACCACCCUUUCGGGAUUCGACGCCGGAGCGCGCGAGAUCAGGCCCUCAGCUGAGGCUGCUAUGAUCUUUGACGUCGCGACAGAGACGCAGGCGCUGUGGCUUGUGCCGUUCGCGAUGCUCAGCUGGGUGCACGCAGAUGCGAAGCAGUUCACAGCCGACGUUCCCGCGUCAGACACCCUGCGCCUCGAGUUCGACACCCAGACGCGCCACUCCGCGUGGUCCAUGCGCGAGCAGUACCGCGUCCUCUGGACGCGCUUCAUCGUCCUCAUGUUCGACGCCGAUCUCUGUCCCGAGCCGGUGUCUAUGCCCGCAAACUCUAUCUUUGCGAUCUACCGCCCCUCGCAGAAGACCAGAGGGUGUGCCCUCUCGAACGGCCGGUGUGCCGCGUACCUUCGGAAAACAUGCAAGCAGGAACUCACCACACCCUCAUACCGCUGCCUCGCGAUCCUAGAGCCCAACUGGUUGCUUGGGAAGACAUGCGAUAUGUGCGCGAACUGCACGAUGAACUUUAUUGAGCGGCACGAGAGGCUGCGGCAAGAGUUCUGGGGCGCACUACCGGAGAUAUUUGGCGUGUCGGGGUGGACGGAGCUGGAGGUCAUGAAGGCGAAGGAUUUAGGCGCGAAAGCUGCUGUGGUCGAGGCAACGGUCGUUACAAGCGCGUCGGUCAGGAAUAUCUUUUGA